UGGGAGGAGUGUUUACAAAAUAUAAAUAAUAAAAGCAAUUGAUCACUUAAAACCAGUGUAAUUUACUGAAAAAACUAUAUAUUUCAAGAAAUAUUGUCGCUAACCUUAAUAUAAACAUUCAUAUGAAUCUAUAUCUUACGUUUGCAUAAGAUUAGGUAAACAUGGGUAUGUCUCGUUGCUACUCAUUGAUGAAGUGUUUAUUGAUAAUAUUCAACAUUUUAUUUCUCAUCGUGGGCGUGGGAGUGUGCGCGUUCGCGGGCUGGGCGCUGUGGGACGGGCGCGCCUCCGAGACCAGCGCCGGCCGCGCCGGGCUCUGCGCGCUCGCCGUGUGGGCCGCCGUCCUGACUUUCGGGGCCGUGGCCGCUCUGGCGGGCGCCGUCCGCGGCUCGGCGUCGCUGCUGGCGGGGGCGUUCGCGCUGCUGGCGCUGAGCGCCGUGGCCGAGGGCGCGGCGGCGUGGUGGGGCGCCGCGCACGCGCCGCAACUCAAGCAGGCGCUGCGAGACCGACUGCGCCACACGCUGCUGCACGACUACGGCGUGCUGCCGGCGCGCACGCAGAUGCUCGACGCGAUCCAGCACGGGCUGCAGUGCUGCGGCGCCGAGAGCGCGCUGGACUGGCAGCAGGCGAGCUGGGCGCGCGCGCGCGGCGCGCUGGACCUGAGCGUGCGCGCGCCGCCCGCCACGUACCGCGUGCCGGCGUCGUGCUGCGCGCGCGCGGGCGCGGCGUGCGAGGCGGCGCGCGACGUGCCGGCGGCGGCGCGCGGCGGCGCGGGGCUGCACCGCGCGGCGUGCGCGGCGCGCGUGCUGGCGGCGCUGGAGCGCGCGGCGCGCGGCCCGCUGCUGGCGGCCGCGGCGCUGCUGGGCGCGCACGGCGCCGCGCUGCUGCUGGCGCUGGCGCUGUGCCUGCGCGCGCGCCCGCCGCCGCGCUACAAGGCCUAGGCCGCUCGUCGACCGCCC